UUCACACUUCUCUCGAGAGAUUAUUAUCAAUGGCAGGUUUCAUUCGAACUAAGCGAGUCACUGGCCCGAUCCACGACCGAGUCCGGGCCCGACUCAUCGGCCAUAUCAGCUCUGCCAGCAGCGGGAGCGAGGCUGAUCAAUCUCCCUGCCUAUCCGAACUCGUUUACGGCUUUCUGGAGGAAGACGUUGAUGGUGAGCCAGAAACAACGCGUGGUUACUUGUCUGACUCAGACCGAGCCGGCUCGCCCCCUGACUCUACGGAUGCGAUCGAGAAGGUUUUGGAACAGUGGGCCAAAGCCGUUAGUUUAGACUCUUACAGAAACCUCCUGCAAGAUCACAUUUUAGAGGCGAUGAAGGUGUUUCCAAGCGGGAUGAUGCUCAGUGGCGCUGCUCUUCUCCGGCAAAGGGUGGUGGUCUUUUUACAGAAGAGCGGCCACAAUGCUGCUGUCUGCAAGACAAGGUGGGAGUCCUCUGGCAGCCUGACUGCCGGCAAUUACGAGUUCAUCGACGUGGUUAUGCCAGGAUUAGGCGGGGAGAGCCGGUACCUCAUUGACCUGGACUUUGCCUCCCAAUUCGAGAUUGCAAGGCCGACGAGCCAGUACUCAAGGCUGCUGCAGACCCUGCCGAGGGUCUUCAUCGGCCAGGGCGAUGUCCUGAAGGCGAUCGUGAAAGAGAUGAGCAGAGCGGCCAAGAGAUCUCUGAAGAGCAGAGGCCUCUCAGUUCCGCCGUGGAGGAAGAGCCGUUACAUGCAGAACAAGUGGCUCAGCCCGUACCACCAGACCGUCAAUCCAGUUCCGGCAACUGUUCCGGUCAAUGCCAACAUUGCCGUCCCAUGCUGUUGGGUGGGCUUCGACGACGCCGUAGAUGGCCGUCUGGUCCUCCGUACGAGAUAAUUUACAUGAAUAAAUUUCGCUAGCAGUAGAUAAUAAUAUUAUCAUCAGGAAUUAUUUUGAUCUAAUUUUCUUCUCUCGAAAUAUUUUAACUGAAAAGGCAAAAGAAGACGAGCCUAAGCAGGAAGGAAGUCAUCUCCGUUGAGGACUAACGGCGAACUUUUAGCCAGUA